AGCGGUGCUCUACUUGUGGACAGCCUCAGGUUCAGAGACUCUCUCUGAUGCCUCGCAAGACCAGCAACGCGGCCACCGGUGAAGCAGCCGCUAGCGAGUGGUCCUCGCUCCGCCAAGCGUCGUCGGCGCAGCUGCAGCCGGCACCAGAGCCGCCGGCGCCAGAGCCGCAGCCGGCGCCACCGGCGCGCGAGCCGGCGCCAGAGCCGCAGCUGCCAGCGUGGGCAGCACCGCAGUCGCAGCGCACAACGGAGAUGGCGUCGGCGCCGUCUGCGCGGUCCGCCGCCGCGCUCGAGCGCGCCCGGAGCUCGAGUGGCUCGCGGGCGGCGCUCGACCGGGCAAGGAGCGCCGCCCUCGGUCGCAGCAGUCAGCAGCUGGGCGCCGCUCGCGGUCGCGGCACCGCAGCGCGGGAGAGUGGGAGUGCGCGAGCGCUUCAGCCGCCGCCGCAGCCGCAGCAGCGGCAGCCGGGGCGGAAGGCCGAGGCAGAGGCGGAGCCGAGGCGCGACCGCUGCUGCGGCGUCGACCCGUGGUUUGGGAUGAUGACCUGCGUGUGCGUCUCCGCUCUCUGCGCGAUCCUCGACGUCGUCUUUCUCUCGCUGGUCGGCGUGGAGGCCUUCCUGGUCGUCUUCGCCAUCGGUGCAGUGGCGGGCAUCCAGGCCAUGGUCUUCUUCUUUGGGCCGCGAAAGUACUGCGGGAACACCCUCUGCAGCGGGCCGGCGCGGCGGUGGAUCGCAGUCACCUACUGGUCGCUGAUCGGCCUGACCGCGUUCCUCGCCGCGUGGAGCCUGCAGCACGGCCUCCCUCCGUCAGUCCUCAUCCUGUCUUUUGUGCUGUGCAAGGUUGCGUGGGCCUUCAACCUGAUGGCGUCGUGCGGCUGCUUUGGCGGCAAGCCGAGGCGGCGCGACGAGGAGGACACGAGAGUCUGAGAUCUGCGCGUAUUCAUCGCCGCCGACGCGCGUCGACGGCUCGUGGCACGUGGGGUGGGGCGUGGGCGCAGGGUCUCGCUUCAGCGGGAGGGAGAGCGGUUGAGCUUGAGGGCGACCGUUGGGAGCCAGCGUGGCUAGCCGCGCACGUGUGUUUGCAACACCAACAGUCAACAGCCGGACGUAUAAAACUG